AUGGUAACCGCAACCCGAUCCAAGUCCGUAUCCAUGGACGUCUUAAUACAGGGUCUGCCAGACCUUAGCACGCUGCAAGUGAAAAUAGGCGAGUUGUGCCUCACGUCCGACCGCACGUGGCUCUACCUACUUCAAGUAACUUGUGGUCGUAGUCGCUGGCACGUAGCCAAGCGCUACAGUGAGAUCCGUGAGCUGUGGCUCGAGCUAAGCAAGAAGCUGUCUGGCAACAACGCACAAAGUUUGUGCACUGAGCAUUGUCACUUCCUCGCUGGACUUGAGCAGGACAAGUUCCCCAAGAAGCACCUGCUGCUCACACAGCACAAGCUCGAAGCACGCGCUAGUGAACUAGACCAGUUUUUUCUCAAGCUGGCUAUGCGACUCAACCUCUGCGAGCCUCAAAAGCUACAGAUGUGUCGUGUACGUGGUUGUUCGCUGCUGGAGCUCAUCGUGAGUUUCUUUGAGGUGAACGCAAAACAAGAUAAGAAGAGCACCAUGCCAGGCUUUUCACGUAGCAUCUCGAUGCAACGUGAGGUACAGCGCCACAAUCACCAAUUUACUAAAAAGAGACGUGACAGCCUGAGUGUCAGCGUGAACGUAAGCUCUAUUCGACGCUUCUCCUUUGGUUUCCAGGAACCGCAUAGCGCCGUUGCUACAUUUGCCCAGUGA